UAUUAUGUGUUUGCAUAUGUAUCUGUACAAAAACAGAAUUUCAGGAAAGAAAUGACUCUUGUACUCAGGGAAAAUGGUAGCCUUGUAUAUUGUAAACCUGGAAGUGGGAAUAGCCCUUGCCAUGUCUUAAGGGUACUGACCCGAUGAUUUUUUUCCAACUUCUUUUCCCUUCUCUCCCUUCCUAGGGCUUGCCUAUUGUAGACAUUUGUCUACUGUGAGGACCCACCUGUCAGCACUUGUCAACCACCUGAUUGUAUCCCCUGACCUGCCCUGUGAUGCCGGCCAUGGCCUGACCAUGGGCAUCUGGGAACAGUACCUGAAGGACAGCACGAGUUAUGAAGAACAGGAGCUGCUACGUCUGAUCUACUUUGGAGGGAUUCAACAUGAGAUCCGCAAGGACGUGUGGCCCUUCCUGCUGGGCCAUUACCAGUUUGGGAUGACCGAGGCAGAGAGGAAGGAGGUGGAUGACCAGGUCCAUGCCUGCUAUGAGCAGACCAUGGCAGAGUGGUUGGGCUGUGAGGCCAUCGUCCGACAGAGGGAGAAAGAAUCCCACGCGGCCGCCCUCGCCAAAUGUUCGUCCGGUGCGAGCUUGGACAGCCACCUCCAGAGGAUGAUGCAUCGGGAUUCCACCAUCAGCAAUGAGUCUUCUCAGAGCUGCAGUUCAGGCAGACAAAAUCAUGUCCGUCUGCAGAGUGACUCCAGCAAUAGCACCCAG